AUGGCUGCUUGGAAUAGUGAACUUUUUGAUUGCUUCGACGAUUGUGGCAUUUGUCUUUAUGGUUAUUGCUGUACACCAUGUCUAUUUGGAGAAAAUGCUGAAAAAAUUGAUGGCAGCAGUUGUUGCGGCUCAUGCUGUUUAUGGUACCUACUAGCAGGCUUUAGUUUAUGUUGUCUAGUACACAUGGGCAAACGGCAAGCUUUACGUACUCGUUUUGGUCUUGAAGAAGAUUGUAAUGAUUGUUUAGCAACAACAUUUUGUGCUCCAUGUGCAAUUUGCCAAGAAGCACGUGAACUUAAAUAUCGUUCAGCUAUUCCUGCAGCAUCAGCACCAGUUGUAACACAGCCAAUGGGUAUGAUUACGAGUUCACCAUAUGGGCAACCAGGAAAUAUGCAACCUACACAUGAACAACCUGGAAUGAUGAAACAAGAACAAUAUUAA